AUGGCUCAUAACCCGCGUUACCUCCGGCGCCUCCUCCUCAUCGCCGCCGCCGCGGCCUUCAUCUACAUCCAAGUGCGGCUCUUUUCUACCCAGUCCUCUCAAGACGCCGGACGCGUCCUCCACGCGGAAGCAGAUCAACCUGAUCUCCCCGUCGCCGCUGUUGUCAUAAUGGCUUGCAAUCGACCAGACUAUUUGCAGAGGACAGUUGAAUCUAUCCUCAAGUAUCAGAAAGCAGUUGCUUCAAAAUUCCCACUGUUUAUAUCACAGGAUGGAACUAAUGGAGAAGUAAAAAAUAAGGCCUUGAGUUAUGCUCAAAUAACAUUUAUGCAGCAUGUAGAUCUUGAACCUGUGCACACUGAAAGUCCUGGGGAAAACAUUGCAUAUUACAAGAUAGCUAACCACUAUAAAUGGGCCUUGGAUGAGCUAUUCAUUAAGCAUAAUUUUGGUCGAGUAAUCAUUCUGGAAGAUGACAUGGAGAUAGCCCCAGAUUUCUUCGACUACUUCGAAGCUGCAGCGAAAUUACUUGAUACUGACAAGUCGAUAAUGGCUGUUUCUUCUUGGAAUGACAAUGGGCAGAAGCAGUUCGUUUAUGACCCAAAAGCUCUUUAUCGUUCGGACUUCUUUCCUGGGCUUGGAUGGAUGCUAACAAAGUCAACAUGGAUGGAGCUAUCACCAAAGUGGCCCAAAGCUUAUUGGGAUGAUUGGGUGAGGCUAAAGGAGGUACACGGAGGUCGGCAAUUUAUUCGACCAGAAGUAUGCAGAACAUACAACUUUGGCGAGCAUGGAUCAAGCAUGGGACAGUUCUUCGAUCAGUACUUGAAACCAAUCAAGUUAAAUAAUGCUCAUAUUGACUGGAACUCCGAGGACCUGAGCUACCUCACGGAGGACAAGUUCUUGAUCAAAUUUGGGAAAGAUGUCGCUAAUGCCACACCUGUGCGUGGAUCCGAUGAUUUGUUGAAGGCCCACAAUCUGGAUGUGGACGUAAGGAUUCAGUAUAACGAUCAGAGCGAUUUCGAGCGUGUAGCUCGUCAGUUUGGAGUAUUUGAAGAGUGGAAGGACGGUGUUCCACGAGCAGCUUACAAGGGCGUGGUGGUCUUCCGAUACGAGAGCAGUCGAAGACGAAUAUACCUUGUCGGCCCUGACUCUCUUCGUCAACUUGGGGUUUAG